UGCUGAAGGAGAAAAUGGCUUCUGGGCUCCAGAAUGAGUGCUGGACCGAGGAGAUUAUUUGCCCGAUUUGUCUGGAUUUCUUCACUGAUCCGGUUAGCAUGGACUGUGGCCACAACUUCUGUCGCUGCUGUAUCACCCGGAGCUUGGAAAACCAGGAGACAAACCGCUGUGCAGUUUGUCAGGAAACAUUUGCAGAAAAGAACCUCAGUGUUAAUCGGGCCCUGGCGAGUCUAGCAGAGAAAGCUCGAAAAUUCAGCCUGACCCCGACACAGACGGAAAUUAAACUUCACUGUGAGAAACACCGGGAGGAAUUGAAGCUGUUCUGUGAAUCCGACCAGAAAUUGCUGUGUGUAGUUUGCAGUCAUGGGCAGGAACACAGAGAUCACAGCUUCCUGCCCAUUGAGGAAGCUGUUGAAAUCUACAAGGAUCAAGUGAAAUCCUUCUUAGAUUCUCUCACACAGAGGAAGGAAACUGCUCUACAAGCUGAAGCCAAACAGAGACGAAAUAUUUCUCAACUGAAGGAACAGGCGAGGAGUCUGCAGACCCAAGUCAAAGACGAUUUUUGUAAAAUACAUCAGAGCCUGAAUGACAGAGAACAGCGGGUGAUGAGAGAUCUGAGAGAGCGUGAGAAUGAGAUAGUGCAGCGAAUGGAGUCAAAUCUGCGAGAGAUUCAGAGCAAUUUAGAUUCAGUUCAACAAAAAAUCUCAGAGCUAAUGAUACAGAUGAAAAAAGACGGGCCGAUCUUUUUGCAGGAGGAAUCUGCUCGGAAUAAAAGGCAGGAAGAAAAUAAUCUGGGAGAUUGCGGAUUGCAGGGACUGAGUGAGGCUUUGAAGAACCCAGAGUGUAAAAUACAGGUUCUGGAGCUGCAGAACCAUAAUCUGGGAGAUUGUGAAGUGAAGCAAUUGUGUGAGGAUCUGAGGAAACUGGAGUGUAAAAUACCGAGACUAUGGAUGAGGGACAUCGAUCUGACAACAGGCUGGGGGGCAUUAAUCUGGGAGAUUAUGGAGUGAAGCAACUGUGUAAGGCUCUAAGGAAUCCGGAGUGUAAAGUACAAAGACUGGAGCUGUACAGUAACAAUCUGACAGCUGAUUGU